GUUCCACAGAAGAUUUCAGUUCACUUUAUUUCAUUAACAAGCACCAAUCGCUCAAGAAUUACUUAAUAACAUCCAUCAGUAUUUUGACAAAUGACUUAGCAGCUGCAAUGGAUACGUAGACUUUAAGAACUCCAUCAAGCAAUCGAUUUAAAGCAAAAAAAAAAUUGAGACUAGAAUUGUGUUUUUUUUUAUAUCUUCAGUGAAUCAAGUUUUUUUUGCUGUAGCAUUUGUGAUUGUGGAUUAAUAUAAUACAUACAAAGUGCACUGAGAAUGGCUUUCAGUUGGCUGCAAAGACGAGAAAAAUUUGGAAAUAAUCGAAAUCAAACGGGAGAUUUUGCAAGGAUUUACAGCUCAAUUUAUUCUACAGUUGGUCCAUAUUCUAGAGUCUGUAACAAUUAUGGAGGAAUAUUUGGACUUGAAUUUUCAUCUGAUGGCUCGGUUCUAGUUGCUGCAUGCGAGAAGAAGUCUGUCAUUAUAUAUGAAACAACCAACAGAAAACCGAUAAAGAUUUUGGACGAUGUGCAUAGUGACUGUGUUAAUUGCAUAAAAUUUCUUGACGACCGAUUGUUUGCAACUUGCUCUGAUGAUACAACAGUUUUAAUUUACGAUAUGAGGAACCUAAAAUCCAAAAUCAGAACAUUGCGUGGCCAUUCAAAUUGGGUUAAAAAUAUUGAAUAUUGUAAGCGCGAAUGUCUUUUGGUGACGAGUGGCUUUGAUGGAUCUAUCUUUACUUGGGACUUGAACUCUUACACUGAAAAUAAUCUAACGUAUCAAAAGGUUUUUCACACACCGGGACUUAUGAGAUGUCGAUUAACAUCAGAUGGACAAAAGCUUGCAAUCUGCACGACUGGCGGUUAUUUAAUAUUGAUUCAUGAUUUGGAUUUAAAUACUUUAUCGAGAGACCUGCAAGGAUUUCGUCCCAAUUUAUAUAGAUUGAUGCAAGUUCGUCGUCAAUAUCUUCCAAUUGCAUCAAAAUAUGAUCAUCUUUUUAGUAAAAAUCAAAAAUCAAAUCGCGUUGAACUGAUUUCCGACUUUCCUAAAGGAAAUGAUGCAGAAGUAAUUAGCUCAUUGCAGGUUCAUCCAUACAAUUGGUGUGUUUUAAGUCGAAACAAUAGCUAUGACGAAAGCAGCGAAUGGACUUGUGUUCAUGAUAUUCAAGAAAUCGACACAGAGGAAGAGGAAUCGCCACCGAUACCGGAAAUUCUACAGCAAUAUGAAAAUGUGGAUGGAAGUGAGACAAAUUCGGAAGUUGUUCCAUUUAGUAGUAAUGCUAGUAAUAAUAGCGACGAGACAAGUAAUGAGACAAAUAGCACUGAUCACUCGAACAGACUUGGAAAUCCAAAUAUUCAAAUUGAUGCGCCUGAUGAUGAGCCACAACAAAAUGAUGGACAAAAUUUGAAUAUAAGUGAUAAUGAUGAUGAAAUUCAAAUUAUACCGUAUCAACCGACUUUAAGGCCAUCACUUAUUAAUACAGAGGAAAUUUUAGAUCUGUGGACUGGAAACAUUCCAUUUUACCAAAGAAGUCGUCGAACCUUAACAGAGCGUCCACAUCGGAUAAAUACAGGCAUUUUAUCAUUGAAUCAAAGAAAUGUUCGCAGGCCAAACAUUAAGCAAAACUGUCGACGACUUUUGUAUUAUUGUGCUGAACCAAAUGAAGGAAAAGGCUUUAUUAAAGAAUUAUGUUUUAAUAACGAUGGUCGACUAAUCUGUUCCCCAUACAAAUCUGGCAUCAGACUACUGUCGUUUUCUAAAGAUUGUGAUGAAUUGGCAAAUAUACUUCCAACAAGUUACAAAUCCAAUGUUUUACCACAAAAGCUUACUGAAGUUUUUCUAAAACCUGAUCAGCAUCAAGAUAUAGUAGUCAGUACAAAAUUUAGUCCUCGAGCACCGAUCGUGGUUUCUGGAUGCCUAAGUGGCGAAUUAAGCUGGUAUCAAUGCAUAAGUUAAACUAUCUCUCUUCAGUCUUACUAUUUAUAAAUCACUUAAUAAAUGAAUGUAAUUAAUAUUAAUUUUU